CUUUCCACGCAGCCACACUCCGGCUGCUGUGUACCGUCCAAUACGUGAAUAUCCCACAGAAAACUCGUCUUUCCUCCAGACUCGGACGCAGAGCGCCGAGAUGACCGCGGAGAGCGCGUCUUUUCUGUCCUGAUGGUUCAUAGUAACCGGUGCCGGGUCGAUUCGACUCUACAUACAUGCCUGAGAGGAUUCUAGUCGGUCCUUUGCAAGACAGCAUCGGCGUAGACCUGCUUUGAGACUCUACCAUGAGGGAGAACAUGUGGAUAUUUCACAGUGGCGACCAUUCAAAGUGUCUUUUUUCCGUUUGGAAUCAGUGGUACUUGUGUUACGCAGCGGUGGUGUGUUUGUUGUGCUUGCCUGUCAGGACGGAUGAUGCCUGCCCGUCGUCCUGCAUCUGUGCCAGAGACUCCGGGAUCGUGACCUGCCGUGAUGGGGAGGACACUGAGGUCCCGGGAGACAUCCCGGAGUGGACGUCCACCCUGAUAGUCACGGGGAGAAACAUCUCAACUUUACAGCGCGGCGCGUUCAUGAUCAACGGCACCGAGUUGGAAAUGACAACACUCUCACUGUCCUCUAACGGGAUACAGGUUAUUGAACCUUACGCCUUCCUGGGACUCCACCGAUUGCAUUUGCUGGAUCUGAGCCACAACCAGCUUGAGUCUAUCUCGGCCAGGGCUUUCCACGGGUUACUGGAGCUGCGCUCUCUUUGUCUAAAUGAUUCCCUUUUACCUGCGGCCACGGCGCAGCUCUCCAAUGCGCUCGACACACAAAGUUUGCGCAACCUGCACAGGCUGGAGUUGGCGGGAAACAGGCUGAAGUCUAUACCCCUGGUGACAUUAGAUAUCUAUAAUUUGCACACGUUAGUGCUGAUAAAUAACUUAAUAGAGAGCUUCGGAUGGGAGAACGUAACCAAUUUGUACCAGCAGAGAAACAUCCGAGUCUACUUGUCUUUAAACCCGUUUCGGUGCAACUGCGACCUGGAGGCGUUUUAUUACUGGGUGAAGAACUCAUCCCAGUGCCCGGAUGCGGGGCGUCUCCUGUGCAGCGAGCCGGAGGCCAAGAGGGGGAUCCCCGUGGAGAGGCUCCGGAAAGAGGACGUGGAUUGUAUGAACGAGAACCUUGAGGCGGUUUCUUACGUGUUCCUCGGUAUCGUGUUGGCUCUGAUCGGUGUGGUGUUUCUUAUGGUGCUGUAUCUCAACAGGGGAGGCAUCAAACGGUGGCUCAAUAACAUAAGAGAGGCGUGCAGAGACCAGAUGGAGGUCUAUCAUUACCGCUACGAGCAGGACUCAGACCCGAGGCUGGCCAACGUGGCAGUUUAACCUGCUGAGACAUCAGAGCCCUGCAGUGUGUGAGAGGGCAGUGUGUCAGUGAGGAUGGAGAGCUGGAUCAGGACUUUAUCAAAAAAGACUGAGAAGGUUUCCUGGCAGCUCCUGUUACAAUCGAAAUCAAUAAUAAAACAAUAAAAAUAAAAACUCGGCCAUGAACUGCAAGUGUCCCUCUCACACUGGGAUAUGCACAGAGCCAAAGACACUUAAGAGACUAUAACUGUACAUAUUGUAUAGAAAUAUGUCCUCAAGACAUGAAUGCUUUUCAUGCAUCAUGUCAACUCAGUCUUGCAGCUUGUCAGACAAACUUAGUAUUAUUCAUCUUAUUAACCAAGUGACAAACAUAUAUAGAUUUUUUGAUUUGGAAACUGCAGCCCAAACUUGUGCAAACUAACUAGUCUGCAUUCAGGAAACCCUCCAGGGAAAACAAGGUAUUCCUGUUUCCACUGAGGAAGGGCGUGCAUAAUGCAAAAGGUGACUGAGAAGGGGGUCUAGGGUAGGUAAGGUGAGGCGAAGAUGUUUGUUGGAGUGCCAUGUUUGAGCAAGCGGGCGACGCUGAAGUAAACUGUCACGUUUAAUCAUCAACCACAUGGCUUAAGUUACCAACCUUGACUUUAUGAGCAGCCUGAAUCACUAAGUAACACGUGUGUAUCAUUUGAACAGCAGGUCAGUUCAUCAGUGAAUGGGCAAAAAUAUGAAGACAGAAUCUAACCAUGCAUGUGAUUGUUGUAGGCAUAGAAAACCAACCAACACAUUAAUAAAAAAAAAAGGUCAAAUAAACAUGGAGAGUUAGCUGUGUUCUUUAUGUCAGUAUGUCUUAUCGUCACUGUCAGGAAAUGUUGACCUCACACAGCAUGUGUCGGACAUUAAACGCAAGAAAUGUUCCCAUGUUCUAUUUUGUAAAAUGAAAUUUCUAAAUUUGCUGGAAGUAGAUGUGAGCGAGUGCACCUUCCUGAUGUGACUACAGUAAGAUGUCACACCGUCACCUCCGGGUUCACCAGAAAAGGUUCAGACUAUCUCGUCUGCUUCUUUUUAAAAGCAACAAAGAGUCCAAGGCUGGCAGAGGUCUGCAUGGAGACAUGCAUAACAGAGAGAAAUGGCAGUGUUAAUCUCAUCAGCACUGUGACUAAUAAACCAUGGAGAAUGAUGAUCGACCUGUGAAGUCUGUAUCUCUAUAGCCCAGAGCUCAUCAACCAUCUUAACGAAAGGUCUGCAUUACAAUCAGAGGGAUUUUUGGAACCAAGCACAAAAUGAGAAAAGUGAGAAUGUGUGUGAGAAUAUUAAUUUUAGUCACGUUUAAAGAAAACAACAAACCUAUAAGUCCAUCAGAGAUUGUAACGAUGAUUAUCUGUUUCAAAAAGUAAUAGUUUGCCUUCAUUUUUAUGUUUGUGCAUGGGAAUAAAUGUUUGACAGAACUAUUCAGAAUCUCUGUGAAUUCACCGGCUAUCACUUGCCUGUAAAUGAUAAUAAAUGUGCUUAA